AUGGCUACAUAUUUCCAAUACUUCGUCAUCCUACUCGUCGGAGCUCAGUUAGCCACGAGCCAGCUUAUAACAGCUGCAGCGACACAAUCAACAGGAUGGAAUUCCAGUUUCGAGCUCAGCUCCGAUCAGAUCAAGUCAGCCGAGCUGACCAGCGACAUGGCCGACAUCAUCAACACCAUCAUCAACUUUGACCGAUCCCAGCUCGCAAAUGGCGGUGCACACGAGGACGAUUUCUACAACGUCCAGGGCGUCCCUAAGAACCAAUGGCCCACGGCGCCCGGGAAGACAAUCAAGCUCCAAGAGUUCACCGAUCCAUCGCCCUUCUCAAUUCCUCCAAAGACUGCCAUGUCUCGCAUUGUCUACAGCACGACUGAUCUCAACGACACUUUGAUCCCUGCUUCCGCGUAUAUCCUCUGGCCUUACCAUGCCCGAGCACUUCGGGGCAGAAACCACACCUCUGGAUCAUCCGCGCCUGUUGUGCUCUGGACACAUGGGACCUCAGGCUGGUAUGCCAACGGAGCCCCCUCUACCCACCGUGGCCUCUUUUACGCGGACAUAGUGCCGUUCGCGCUGGCUGAGGCCGGCUAUGCAGUCAUUGCUCCAGACUAUGCCGGUCUUGGCGUGGAUACCUCCUGGGAUGAGACUCGAAUCCCGCACCAGUACUUUGUCCGCGAGGCCGGGGCUCACGACGCUCUCAAUGCUCUAAGAGCCGUUCGUGAAUCUUUCCCGAAGCGUCUCUCCACCGAUUACGUGGUCAUGGGUCACAGCCAAGGCGGUGCUGUUGCAUGGGGCCUGACAGAAAUUCUGGGUCGGAAUGACUCGAAAUUCAAGGACAUUGCGAAGGGGUACCUCGGUGCUGUAUUUGCUGCGCCCCCAGCCAACGCACUGGGGCCGGCGUUCUCCGGCUUUUUAGCCUGGAUAGCCAAGGACCUGGACCAGAUCUAUCCGUCCUUCAAGCUCACCGAGUGGUUCACUCCGCUUGGAGUCAAAAGAAUAGAGCUCUUGAACCAAGUUGCAGGAUCCCAAAUGGUGACGUUCGCCAUGUUUGGUCCUGAAGAGGCGCUCUUGCAGCCGAAUUGGCAUGAGACACCGUAUGCGCAUGAUUUCGAAAAACUAGCCAACCCUGGUAACUUGUACUUCAAGGGUCCGGUUCUUCUCGUUCACGGAACAGGGGACACGACGGUACCGUUCAACACGACCAAGUCUGUGGCUCUGGAGACAUGCAAGCAGUAUGCUGCGGAUUUGGAGUUUUUGGCGGUUCCUGAAGGAAGCCAUUUCUCUGCUAUGAGUGCGGCACGACAAACUUGGCUGCGCUGGGUUGAAGAUCGAUUCGAGCAUCGGCCUGUGGCCAAGCGUGGAUGCGUCGAAUCCCAGCUCGAUAGUCUUUUGCCGGUCGAGAAUUAUCAGGGGCUUGGUAACUCUUUCUUGCAGUGGGCUGGGGAGCCGAAGUGGGCGUAUGAGUUGCCGACUGCGCUGUAG